AUGGCGGACCACCCAGACGCCAUUGAACAAAAUGGUGACCACGGCGAUGAAGCCGAUCGUCGUGCGCCUGUUGAUCUGUCCGCUCCUGUUACCGGACUGGAUCUGCUGUUCUCCAAUUUAGCAGCAGUUGAUAACCAUGGAAAGGCGCUGCCCGUCGAUAUUCCAUUUGAACCCAUCGACGAGCCUCUGUGUCCCUCCCCUACUGCGCCCGUGUUGGAGCAAGACAGCUCCAACCCUUCAGUUGAAGACACUGCGGCGGUACCAGUGGCUAAGAAGUCCGCCAGGGAGGCGCUCGCAGCAAAGGACGCCGCUGAGUCACUCCCCGAGUUCGCCAUGGUGGACGCCCUGCUCCGCCAAGUGGCCGAGCAUUUGGGGCGUUCUGGCCCGUGGCAUCAACGGUUUAUUGGCCUGGAGGAGGUCUUCACGAGAACUAACCUGGAGCUACAAGGGAUCCACGACGUCCGCUGGCUCUCCCAGGGUGACGCCAUUCUGCGCGCGGUAGAGGUCUUCCCCGCGCUGAUCGUGAUGCUGUAUGAGUGGGACAGCAGCCUGUACGAGCUUGCCACCAGCUACAUGUUUCACUUUCUGUUAUACUUCCUUGCAGACGUGCUCGAGCAGCUCAAUGUGCUGAACAGGGCAUUCCAGCAGCGUGAGCUGGACAUUGCAAGUGUCCACGGGCAGAUCCGCCGGUCUAUUUCAUUCCUCGAGUCCCGCUACGUCGACUGUGGUGAUGACUUUGGAGGCGGGGUGAGCGCGCGCCUCUCCCCGUUCAUCAAGAAGCACGGGCCUGAGGGGGGAAAUCCCAAGACGCUCGUGCGAAACCUCAGCACACGCUUCAAGGACCUGGACUCCCUGGUGGGAGUGCGGCUGUUCAUGCCUGACAAGUGGGAGCCGGGGAGAGCGGAGCGCCACAGGCAGUGUCUCGAGUGGCUCGAGUCUCUCGUGAGGCUGUUCAAGGCACAGGACACGGACUACAUCAUUCCAGGGGUCGACAAGUGGCGUGCGAUCAAGGAGUUGCGUGCCUUCUGCCCCAUCCUCGCAGGGAAUGUGGCGGCACCACCAGCAAGAGAGGGGGAGGGCAGUGGUAGCAAGGGAAAGGUGGCCCUAGAGGAGGAGGAGUUGGAAGAAGGAGAGGCGCCGGGAAGAGAUGAUGAUGACAGGCAAGCAUCAUCUGAUGAUGAUUACUGA